AUGAACUACAUCCGCGGCGCGGUGAGCGCCAUCAGCGCGCCGUACCAGUACUACAAGGACCUCAACCCGUCCACCCUCACAGGCGCCAUCGACGUCAUCGUCGUCCGCAGGCCCACGCACCUCGGCGAGCUCCUCCCUGAGGCACCCCCGCGACAGCUCACAGACGAGGAGACCGAGUAUGUGUGCUCGCCGUUCCACGUCAGGUUCGGGAAGUGGCAGGUUCUGCGGCCGCAGGACAAGAAGGUUGACGUGUUCGUCAAUGGUCAACUCGUGCCAUUUUCGAUGAAAAUCGGAGAGGCCGGCGAAGCCUUCUUCGUGUUCGAGACCGACGAGGACGUCCCGGAGUCUCUCGUCACAAGUCCCAUCCUUGAAGCCACCCAGCCCGGGGAGACGAAUGCGCAGACUCGCGACACGGGGCGCUUUGGCGCGGGUGAACCAUCACCAGAAGCGAAAGACGUUCCAGCGAGCAACCAAGAGCCCGAGUUCCUUGACCUCGAUGCCUCCGCGGAGAACCCGCCUAGCAAUGACCCGUCCCCCGCUGCCCCGGCACCCGCUGCGAAGUCUGAGGAGGUGCCGGAAGAGAGCCCUAAAGGCCCGUCUCUACUCUCUCGUACCGCGGAGCUCGGAAAGGCCAUGGUCGGCGUUGCGCAUGAGGUUACGAGGAAUGAGACCGAUAAAUUGAAGGACAAGACGGUCCUCGAGGCACUCAAGGAGACGGAGAAGAGCCAGAGCGAGUUUGUCAGGGAUAAAGCCGCCGCCACUUUCAAUGCGACACAGCACGCGGCUGUCGCAUUUCCUUCUACGGAGGAAAAGGGUGAUGAAGUGUUGCCAGAAGGAGAAAUGGAGAAAGCACACGAACCCGAAGUGCGGUAUACCGAUAACAUGGUGUUCGAUACGGAAGGCUACCACGCACAAUCGUCGCAUGGGCGCGAGACUUCAGACGCAACGGUGAAGUCGAAACGGCGAAGAGGCUCAUCGGGUUCGGAGACGUCUAGUCAAAACCGCACACCAGGUCCAUCACGCACUCCCUCCCCCGCACCCGCCACGCCUCCUUCACUGUCCGCCGGUGUCCCAUUCCCCCCAUUCCGUGCAACCUCCGAGCCCCCACCAGACCACGACGACUAUCCGGUGCCCUCCACCUCCCGACUCGACGCCUCUCAAGUCGCCGUGCGUACGCCCCUGCGGAGCAACGCUCCGCGCCCGCACCUCUCGACGCUCCCCGCAAUCCACUCCCCCGACACGGAGGAAUACACGUGGGAAUGGGGCAACUUCCCGCAGAAGACCCCCAUACGCACGACGUUUCCACACGUCGGACACUCGCCUGCACACGGGCACUCGCACCUGACCGGGGCUUCGGUCGACCUAUCGCCGCGCAAGGGUAAGGGCCGCAUGAUGUCAGAGGUCCCUGAGGCGGAGCAGAUCGCGCUCAACCGCUCGCUUGACAUUCCAGUGAAGCCAGAGCCGGACGAGAGCACCUCGUAUGGUCUCGGUGGGCGGCUGACCGUGGACAAGGCAGAUUCUACACGGUUCAGGGUGUUCAUUGAGGGACGUGCCGUCGAGUUCGAGCUUGCGCUCGUAGACUCAGUCGAUGGCAAGAAGACUGCCGGCGGACCCCUGGGUGGUGAAGACGAGGUUGAGGACGAGAAGCGUUUCGAGCGGGGCAAAGUCCAUUUCGACGAGUUCAUGCGUGAUGAGUACAUCGUAAGCGAAACAAAUCUCGUAUUGAGAUGGGCGGGAGACAAGUACAUCCGCCGACAAGAUGGUUCCCCGCUCAUGGACGCCCUCGUCACUUGGCGUGAAUCCGCUCUACGCGACAAGCACUCGCACAUAUCCUCCCGCCCGACCUCGCCUUCGCUGCUCUCGGAGGACGAGGGAGUCCGGUCGGAGGGCGACGAGCCCGCUUCCCCGGAUCGGAGAGCCAAACGCUCCGCCACCGCAAUAGGCAACGAGACUGCUGCAGACAACUCCCCGAACCGGGCGCCGACGUCGUCUUCAUGGGUACGCUGGUGGAGCCGGAGUCGACAAACGGAGGGCCCGCGCCCGGAAAUGAGCCAUACAAACUCAGAACCGCCAGCGGACCUGCAAGCGGCAGCGUCCGAGGACAUGCUCCAGACGCCGGUGCGGCGGCCAGCAAUGUCUGUAUCAGCACCUCCGCAGCCUGCAACGCCUGAGUCCCAAUCUAGUACACCAACACAGGGCACGCCUGAGCCGGAGGAGCACAAACGGUUCGCGAAGACUUUGCGGUUGACCUCAAGUCAGCUGAAAUCGCUGAACCUGAAACCCGGCGCGAACUCGGUGACGUUCUCAUUGUCGGCGACAGGAGUAGCGGCAUGCAGUGCGCGCCUGUUUGUCUGGGAUUACACAGACUCCGUUGUGGUGUCUGACAUCGAUGGCACCAUUACAAAGUCGGACGCCCUCGGUCACGUCUUUACUAUGAUCGGCCGAGACUGGACGCAUAUGGGUGUUGCGAAAUUGUAUACCGAUAUCUGCCGGAACGGAUACAAGAUCCUGUACCUGACCUCCCGCGCCAUCGGGCAAGCGGACUCCACCCGAGAAUACUUGAAGGGAAUCAAGCAGAAUGACUACCAACUUCCCGAGGGACCUGUCAUUAUGAGCCCCGACCGCUUGAUGGCGUCUUUGCAUCGUGAGGUCAUCAUGCGCAAGCCGGAGGUGUUCAAGAUGGCAUGUCUACGUGACGUCCAGAAGCUGUUUGGCGGUCCUACGCACAACCCGUUCUACGCAGGCUUCGGCAACCGAAUCACCGAUGCGCUGUCCUACCGGAGCGUGAACAUCCCGAGCUCGCGUAUCUUCACGAUCGACUCCUCCGGGGAGGUCAAGAUGGAGCUCCUCGAGCUCGCCGGGUACAAGUCGUCCUACAUCCACAUGACGGACCUCGUCGACCAGAUGUUCCCGCCUAUCAACCGCAAGUGGGCGUCCGAGUACACCGACUUCAACUACUGGAAGGCGCCGAUCCAGGACUUCCCGCUUCCUGACCUCUCUCCGCCCUCGCCUGCGCUCAGCGCGCGCUCGGACACGUCAAACCAGAGCACGUUCGCGCGCCUGCGGAACUUCAGUCUGGUCUCCAGCCGGCAACCCUCGAAGCAGUUCAACCUGCCACCACCUGCCACGGAGGCAGGACAGGCCUCUGGGAUCGCGCGGCCUACACGCACAAACGGGGACUCCACGAACGAGAGUCGCCUCCGGCAAAUGACGUCGUUCGAGCGUUUAAGCAGCACGCUGGCGAACCUCACGACAUCGUCGUCGUCUACGCUGGGAAGCCCGCGCUCGGAUAGCCCGACGUUGCACGACGAGUCGGACUCCGAGUACGAUGAGGACGAGGACGACAUCGAGAAGCUACGGCGAAAGCGCCAGCGGAGGCGGAGCCUGACGAGCAUGCCCGGGUCGCUGCCUGGGUCGGAGCCGGGGUCGGACGACGAGAUGGUGUUCGGGCAGGAGGAGGACGAGGACCACGGCUACGAAGGCGAGAACGAGGGAGAUGUGCCGGACGAGGCCCUCGACGAGGCGUUGUUUGCGGCUGGAGAGAUGAAGAACGUGGAUUACAUCUGA